UGCGCGGCAAGGUGGAGGGUGGGGGGAGGGGCGAGGGAACCACCGUACCCACUCCCCAGAGCGGACAGACCACGGCUGUCCCGCAGGCUCCCUCCCCCGUCCCGCAGCCUUGGCCGGCCCAGCCGGUCCCCGCCUCGGUAACCUCCAGCUGGGGCCCUCCACGAGGGGAUCCAGUAGGGGCGGGGGAAGAAGGGAAGCGUCGGAAGAGCUGGUUCUGGAGCCGAUCCGACCCCCUCAAUUUACUGGCUUGAAAACUGAGGCCGGAACAGGGCGAGGUGAUUUGUCCCAGGGAGGAUUUGAACCCGGGCCCUCCGAUUCCAGAGCCAGAGGCCCGGGCCAGCUCCCAGGCCCCAGACGGACGGACCGAGGGCUGUGAGGAAGUUCCUCCCAGGGUGGGCUAAGGAGCCCGACUUCCCUCUCCGUGGGCUUGUUCCUUCCUCUCCAAAAUGGGGAGUGGAGGAGGACCGGGAGGAGGGCUGCAGGGCCAGGAGCAAGGGGGGAUGGGGAGCUUGGGACACCAGGACAGGGGGUUUGCAGCAAGGGGAAGGAUGGGGAGCUUGGGACACCAGAACAGGGGGGGCUGCAGCAAGGAAAAGGGGAUGGGGAGCUUGGGAGGCAGGGGGGCUGCACAAGAAGGGGGGAUGGGGAGCUUGGGUCACAGGAAGGGGGUCUGCAACAAGGGGUGGGAUGGGGAGCUUGGGACACCAGGGCAGGGGGGCUGCAGCAAGGAGGGGGGAUAGGGAGCUUGGGUCACAGGAAGGGGUCUGCAGCAAGGGCUGAGGUGGGAAGAAGGUAAAAAUAAGUUUGGAGAGUCCUAGAUUUGGGGGAGACUGGGGUUUCAUGCAUACAUGUCUCCUGAGCACUUCACAAUGUCUCCAGAUUCUCCCUCUAUAAAAUGGAAACACUUAUUUGCAUUUUUUUUUUUUUUUUUUUGGAUUUAGGCAAUUUGCAUUUCCUACCCCAGGGGGGUAUGGGUCGGAAAGUGCUUGAGGAACACCUUAACCAAUGGGAAGCUCUGUAGUUGUCCUGGGCCUGCCAUGGCAGCUGAGCUAGGGAGGGGCCUAAUCACUCCCUUCUCCCAGGAUUCCUGGGGCAGGCCACCAGAGUCAGCGGCCCCCACCCUCUCCGGAUGAGACCACUGGGCUCUGGGCCCACGGGGGGUGCCGGAGAGCAGCUGCUGCCCAAGGCCGGGGGCCGGGAGCAGGGGGCCUCACCCCUCCCUUUCUAUCUCCCCGGCCAGGCCACGGCUGACCGUCGGAAUUUAAAGACCUUGGAGAGCUUCCCUUGCAUAGAGGCCUUCCCCAGUAGUCAGAUUUUCCAGGAUGAGUCCUUGAGGUCCUUCUUCCCGGACUUGGGCUCCAGCAGGACUCUGCAUUCGGACCCCAGCCCAAAGCUCUGCCAGCUGAAGCUGUGCCCCCGGAGGACAUGCCCCUCCCAGGAGAUGAUCGUGGGCAAGCAGCCCCUGUCCGUGGCUUCCCAGGGCUCGGUGGGCCCCCUCGGGUCCCUGUCCCACGCCCGUCUCCAGCCCACGAAUAAGUGGAACCGAGCCCUGUUCGAAUGGGACAACACGAACCUGUGUGUCAAUGGGGCCCUGUUCCCCUGCCUGCUGGCCUGCUACGUGGCCCACAUCCAGGGCGAGUGCUGCUGUCUCCCCUACCUGCCCGGGGCCCUGGUGGCCAUGAGGACGGCCCUCCGGAUGAGCCAGGGCAUCCAGGUCAGCCAGUGCCGUCCCUGCCCUCCUCAGGCCCCAGCAGUUCCUCUUUGCUUCUCAUCCCCAGCCCUCAUGAGGCACAAGUCCCAAGGACCCGACGGGCAAAUGUCUCCCCUCCAUUGGACUUCCAUGGUCCUCCUCCCUAGGAGGAGCAUCUCCUGUCCCAGAGUCCUCCCCUCUACCGCUCUGUGUUCUAUGAACCCAUUCACCCACAUCUCUCAUCUCCUCGGGGGCCUUUUCCAAACUCAUCCCCCAUCCCCAGCUCCAUGGCCGCCUGCACCUCUUGUCAUUUGUGUUCUCAGGAGCCCCUCUCAUCCCGGACAGCCCUGACCACCCAUCCCUCCCUCUGCUUUCUACGUCUCCCCUGCAUCCAGCCCCGGAUCCUGUCCCCGUCUCCAUCUCCCACGGGCCCUUGCAUCCCGCCGGGCGCCCCCAUUCUUCCCUUCUCCAUUUCCAUCCUUUCCCAUCCUCAUCUUUUCUCUCCUCCAGGGAUCUAUAGCGGAGGACUGGCUGGUCAUGUGCUGCUGUCCAGUUUGUGGUCUCUGCCAGAUGGCCCGGCAGCAGGAAAACCCCAGCACAUAAAAUAAAGGCAGCCCCUGCCCAA